AUGACGGAAAAGAUGGGAGGGAACGUAGAAAGGACAGGAAAUGGGAAAGACAGACAGUUAAAGACGAAAGAGGGACAGUUAAAGACGAAAGAGGGACAGUUAAAGACGAAAGAGGGACAGUUAAAGACGAAAGAGGGACAGUUAAAGACGAAAGAGGGACAGUUAAAGACGAAAGAGGGACAGUUAAAGACGAAAGAGGGACAGUUAAAGACGAAAGAGGGACAGUUAAAGACGAAAGAGGGACAGUUAAAGACGAAAGAGGGACAGUUAAAGACGAAAGAGGGACAGUUAAAGACGAAAGAGGGACAGUUAAAGACGAAAGAGGGACACAAAGAAGACAAAGAGGGACAGUUAAAGACGAAAGAGGGACAGUUAAAGACAAAAGAGGGACAGUUAAAGACAAAAGAGGGACAGUUAAAGACAAAAGAGGACAAAAAGACAAAAGAGGGACAGUUAAAGACGAAAGAGGGACAGUUAAAGACGAAAGAGGGACAAGGGACAGUUAAAGACGAAAGAGGGACAGUUAAAGACGAAAGAGGGACAAAGAAGACGAAAGAGGGACAGUUAAAGACGAAAGAGGGACAGUUAAAGACGAAAGAGGGACAGUUAAAGACGAAAGAGGGACAGUUAAAGACAAAAGAGGGACAGUUAAAGACGAAAGAGGGACAGUUAAAGACGAAAGAGGGACAAAAAGACGAAAGAGGUUAA